AUGCCACUCACCGAAGAAUCAAAGAAGAAAAUCCUUGAAAAGUGGAAAACUGCCUAUGAAUUGGCUCAGAACAAGUCAUCCCUCGAUGCAAUGCACUAUCAUCACACCAAACAGAAUAUGGAUAUUUAUGAUAACAAGGGGGAUGCCAAUACAAUCAUCAGGGGAGAUGUAAUUGUUGAGGGAAUGGAUGAUGCCAAGCAAUUGUUGGACUAUUUCUCCACUGAUGAUUUGGAAAAGACGAAUCAUGUGCAGAAAGGAUCGAUCAGAUCGAAUACUUUGGAAGAAUGGAAGGACGAAAGUGGAGAUUUGUGGAAGAUUAGAUAUACUUGUUAUACUGCAGGUGUUCCUUUUGUUGCUGAUAGAGAUUUACUUUGUGUGGAAAAAUUCUUUACCAAAGAAAAUGUUCUUAAUCACGUUUCAACAAGUGUUGACGACUUGUACGAAACUCCAAAAGAUUUCUCGUUCCAAAAAGGUGCUGUUCGUUCGACCAACAUUUUUGCAUGGAGAAAAUUUGAAAAGUUGAGCGAAAAAACCUUCCAUGUUUCAUUCACCAAUCAAGCAUCUGCCAAUGGAUGGAUUCCUGCAUCAGUUGUUAACAGUGCUGUGUACAGUAGUCCUUUGGCAGUUGUGAAAAUUGCCGAAUUGUUAGGAUUUAAGGUUAGAACGCCAUCAAAUUCUCCAUCCUUAAAGAAAUAA